GUGGCGGCUCUUGUCGCUCGGAGGGGGCCGGGCCGCCGUGCUCCGCGGCUCUCCCCGCCGCCACCGCCGUCCUUCUAGCAGCGCGGGCCGGUCGGACUGCCAAGGCAACCGGCUCCUGGCGAUGGGAAGCGGUGCGGCCGCGGACCCGGGCUGUGGCAAAGUUUCCCAGACGCGCGUAUUCCGGCGCGCAGCUGCCGGACACCCGUGACCGCUCCAAGAAGGGCUCGGAGGUUUUUAAUUUGGAAACAAAAUCCACCUCAUUUCCUUUGUCAAGCUCUCUCCCCGAGUGGCCAGCGGCGGGAGCUCAAACUUGGGUACAGCAGCUUCACGGGCAGCAGACCCGGCUUUGGGGAACCUCCGGACCCAGGUGCUCGGGCGCCAAGCGGCCCUUGGCUUGAUAGGGGGUGUGAGCGCGGGGGAGUCCGGGGCGCGCGGCGAGGAGGGUUCCCUGGGAGCUCUAUAUGGAGGAGGGAGCCCAGAAUGGUGUGCACCAGGAAGACCAAAACUUUGGUGUCCACUUGCGUGAUCCUGAGCGGCAUGACCAACAUCAUAUGUCUGCUCUACGUGGGCUGGGUCACUAACUACAUCGCUAGCGUAUAUGUGCGGGGGCAGGAGCCAGCGCCCGAGAAGAAGCUGGAGGAAGACAAAGGGGACACCCUGAAGAUUAUUGAACGGCUGGACCACCUGGAGAAUGUCAUUAAGCAGCAUAUCCAAGAGGCUCCUGCCAAGCCUGAGGAGGCAGAGGCUGAGCCCUUCACAGACUCCUCUCUGUUUGCACACUGGGGCCAGGAGCUCAGCCCUGAAGGCCGGCGCAUGGCCCUGAAGCAGUUCCAGUACUACGGCUACAACGCCUACCUCAGUGACCGCCUGCCCCUUGACCGGCCCCUGCCUGACCUCAGACCCAGUGGGUGCCGCAACCUCUCAUUCCCUGACAGCCUGCCGGAGGUGAGCAUCGUGUUCAUCUUCGUCAAUGAAGCCCUCUCGGUGCUGCUGCGCUCCAUCCACUCAGCCAUCCAGCGCACACCUCCGCACCUGCUCAAGGAGAUCAUCCUGGUGGAUGACAACAGCAGUACUGAGGAACUGAAGGAGAAGCUGACAGAGUAUGUGGACAAGGUGAAUGGCCAGAAGCCAGGCUUCAUCAAAGUCGUGCGCCACAGCAAGCAGGAAGGCCUCAUCCGCUCCAGGGUCAGCGGCUGGAGGGCAGCCACCGCCCCCGUAGUGGCUCUCUUUGAUGCCCAUGUGGAGUUCAAUGUGGGCUGGGCUGAACCCGUACUCACACGCAUAAAGGAGAACCGGAAACGGAUCAUCUCGCCAUCUUUUGACAACAUCAAAUAUGACAACUUUGAGAUAGAAGAGUACCCACUGGCUGCCCAGGGCUUUGACUGGGAGCUGUGGUGCCGCUACCUAAACCCCCCCAAGGCCUGGUGGAAACUGGAGAACUCCACGGCCCCGAUCAGGAGCCCUGCCCUCAUCGGCUGCUUCAUUGUGGACCGGCAGUACUUCCAGGAGAUCGGCUUACUGGACGAAGGCAUGGAGGUCUACGGAGGCGAGAAUGUCGAGCUUGGGAUCAGGGUGUGGCAGUGUGGCGGGAGCGUGGAGGUCCUGCCCUGCUCUCGGAUUGCCCACAUUGAGAGAGCCCACAAGCCCUACACUGAGGACCUCACAGCCCACGUCCGCAGGAAUGCCCUCCGCGUGGCUGAAGUGUGGAUGGACGAAUUUAAAAGCCAUGUCUACAUGGCAUGGAACAUUCCCCAAGAGGACUCAGGGAUCGACAUUGGGGACAUCACUGCAAGGAAGGCCCUGAGAAAACAGCUGCGGUGCAAAACCUUCCGGUGGUACCUGGUCAGCGUGUACCCAGAGAUGAGGAUGUACGCAGACAUCAUUGCCUAUGGCUUGGUAAGGAGCCACAGCCUCAGGGGAGGCCCCAUCCAGAACCGCAAGUCCAAGCGCUGCCUGGAGCUGCAGGAGAACAACGACUCGGAGUUCGGCUUCCAGCUGGUUCUGCAGAAGUGCUCGGGCCAGCACUGGAGCAUCACCAACGUGCUGAGGAGCCUGGCGUCCUGACCCCUGGAACCCCCCUACCUGCCCCCUUGCUACUGUGUAGCACCUGUGGUAAUGUCGCCUGCUGUCUGGGUGGGGUGAUUUGGAGUCUGGGGGAACCAGGUUAGUGGACCCCCCCAAAAGAGCUUUUUAUUUCCUAUUCAAUUUUCAUGGAGUUUAUAGAAAGAUGCUGAAUCGUGGGUUAAGGAUAUAAUAUCAUAAAC